GGAAAACAGACAGUGGGAAAGAGCUCUCUUCCCACUCGGAAAAACAAGAUUUGUCUGCUGUGCUUUGCGCUGCAGCAGACUUCAGUUCAGUGUGAGACUUUUUCCCGCAGAUACUGAACUCCUACUUACUUUCUUACUUACUUACUCCAGCACAGUUUUCUCCAGUUGGACACAACUGAUGGUUGACGUGAGUUCAGCAGCACUGCCCACGCAGGUGCCCGCCACCGCCGCAACUAUCCUCCCUAUGGACCUGCGGAUGGUUGACCACCACCACCAACAGACCAAUUAUGGAUUACUUCCCCAACCACAACCUGCAGCGCCCACAUCCACCGCUUGUCCCACAUCUGACGGGCCAGUCAUUAACCACCAAGCGCAGCAGCUGCAGCAGGAGCUGGUGGCUCUCAAACACAAGCAGCAGCUCCAGAGACAGUUGCUCAUCGCCGAGUUCCAGAGGCAGGAUGAACAGCUGUCGAGGCAACAUGAGGUGCAGCUGCAUGAACAUAUCAAGCAUCAACAGGAUUUAUUGGCGCUGAAGCACCAGCAAGAGCUGUUGGAGCACCAGAGGAAGAUAGAGCAGCAGCGCAGUGAGCAGGAGUUGGAGAAGCAGCACCGGGAACACAAGCUACAUCAGCUCAAAAACAAGGAGAGGGGACGAGAAAGCGCAGUUGCCAGCACAGAAGUAAAGAUGCGACUUCAAGCAUUUGUCCUGAACAAGAAGAAAGCCUUGGCUCAGCGAACCCUAAACCAUUGUCUGUCCAAUGAUCCACGCUACUGGUACGGGAAAACACAACACAGCUCUUUGGAUCAAAGCUCGCCUCCCCAAGCAACUUUGUCAGCAUACCAGCACCCAUUGUUGGGCACGUACGACUCAAAAGAUGACUUCCCACUACGCAAAACAGCAUCCGAACCCAACCUGAAGCUUCGUUCCAGACUAAAGCAGAAGGUGACGGAGCGCCGCAGCAGCCCUCUCCUACGCAGGAAAGACGGCACCAUCCUUGCUGCGAAGAAACGCUCCCUGGACAUUGCCGGUUUUUCCGACCGUCCUCCAGACUCUGCAUGCAACAGCGCUCCGGGCUCGGGUCCCAGCUCCCCCAACAACAGCUCCAGUAACAUUCCCCACGAGAACGGCAUCCCCAUGUCCGGCAGCCCAGGAGAGGCGUCCUUGCUUCAACGCUUGGUUUCAAGGGAUGGUUCGGUCAGCCACCUCUCGCUUUACACCUCUCCUUCUCUGCCCAACAUUACCCUUGGAUUGCCAGCGACAUGCCCGGGUAGCAAUACGAUAUCAGGACAUCAAGAUGCUGAAAGUCGCCUGGCGCUGUCUGCAUUGCAGCAGGGCAUUCCUUUAACCUCCUCUUUCCUGCCCGCUGCCCACUUGCCCCCCUACUUGGCAUCUCCAGGUCUGGACAGAGACGGGGCCGGGGGAGGCACAGCUGGUCAUGCUCCCCUUCUCCAACACAUGGUGCUCUUGGAACAGAGCCACAGUCCAAUGGUUGGUUUAAGCGGCCUCCCACUCCCGCCAUCGUCAAUCUCCAAGCUUGUUCGGGGCCACCACCCCCUGGGUAGAACCCAGUCAGCACCUCUGCCCCAACAACAGUGCGGUCCAGCUCAGGCACUGCAGCAGCUGGUGGUCCAACAGCAGCACCAGCAGUUCCUGGAAAAGCACAAACAACAGUUCCAGCAGCAGCAACAUAUCAUCAACAAGAUGAUGUCUAAACCCAGUGACCCAGGCUCAGCUGUCAGCUCCUCAACAUGCGUGUCAUCCAGGCAGCACCAGAGCCACCCAGAGGAGACAGAAGAAGAACUCAGGGAGCACCAAGGUCUUUUAUCCUCCUCCUCAUCUUCCUCUUUGGCCAUCAAGCAGGAGCCCCUUGACCCUCAAGAGCAGGACGACAGAGAGCAGAGGGAGAGGCAGGCUGAACAGGAGCUCCUGUUCCGACAGCAGGCAGUGCUGCUGGAGCAACAGCGGCUCCACCAGUUGAGGAGCUACAGGUCCUCAAUGGAAGCAGCAGGAUUGCCCGUGAGCUUUGCAGGCCACCGCCCCCUCUCUCGGGCCCAGUCGUCUCCAGCUUCCUCCUGCUCCUUCGCCAUGAUGGUGCAGGAGCCAGCGACCAAGCCACGUUUUACUACAGGUCUGGUGUAUGACUCCUUGAUGCAGAAGCAUCAGUGUAUGUGUGGCAACACAAACAGUCAUCCAGAGCAUGCAGGCCGCAUCCAGAGUAUCUGGUCCCGCCUGCAGGAAACAGGUCUAAGGGGCCACUGCGAGUGUAUCCGAGGAAGGAAAGCCACCUUGGAGGAAUUGCAGACGGUCCACUCCGAGCCCCAUGUUCUUCUGUACGGAACCAACCCACUGCGGCAAAAGAUGGACUGUUCUACGAGUCCGAUGUUUGUGAGAUUACCCUGCGGAGGCAUUGGGGUGGACAGUGACACCAUCUGGAAUGAGGUCCAUUCAUCCAGCGCAGCUCGACUGGCGGUUGGUUCUGUGGUGGAGCUGGUCUUCAAAGUAGCGUCGGGAGAACUGAAGAAUGGUUUUGCGGUAGUGCGACCACCUGGGCACCAUGCAGAGGAGAACACUCCGAUGGGAUUCUGUUACUUUAACUCGGUGGCGAUAGCGGCCAGGCUCCUGCAGCAGAGGCUCAGUGUCAGCAAAAUCCUCAUUGUGGACUGGGAUGUUCACCAUGGCAACGGCACCCAGCAGGCCUUCUACGCUGACCCCAGUGUUCUAUAUCUGUCGCUGCAUCGCUACGACGACGGUAAUUUCUUUCCUGGAAGUGGAGCCCCCGAUGAAGUUGGCUGCGGGCCUGGGGCGGGCUUCAACGUGAACGUGGCGUUUACUGGAGGACUUGAACCUCCCAUGGGUGAUACGGAGUACCUUGCAGCGUUCAGGACAGUGGUGAUGCCCAUUGCCAAUGAGUUUGCACCAGAUGUGGUUCUGGUAUCUUCUGGUUUUGAUCCAGUGGACGGACAUGCUCCACCACUGGGUGGAUACAAGCUGACUGCCAAAUGCUUCGGGUACCUGACCAGGCAGCUAAUGGGCCUGGCAGGCGGUCGGCUGGUUCUUGCCCUGGAGGGAGGUCACGACCUCACAGCCAUAUGUGACGCCUCUGAAGCCUGCGUGUCGGCUUUGCUUGGUAAUGAGUUGGAACCUAUCCCAGAUGAUGUGUUGCAUCAAAGGCCAAACACAAAUGCUGUCCACUCAAUGGAGAAAGUUGUUGAAGCUCACAGUAAAUACUGGCGCUCGCUACAACGCUCUGCCUCCACGCUCGGAUGCUCUUUGAGCGAAGCUCUAAGACGCGACGAUGAAGAGGCAGAGACCGUCUCUGCCAUGGCUUCGCUGUCUGUCGCUAACAAGAACAUCGUAGAGAAGACUCAAGAGGAACCAAUGGAGGAGGAAGCCCCCCAGUAAGAGGCCUUGUCGGUGUCCGAGCACCGAGACUUUUGUGUAUGACAAUUCUUUUAUUGCCACUUCCACACCUGUGGUCUUGUCGAAUCGAGAUGUUGUCACCAUGGCGAAGAAGAACGAAUGUGAAUAGAAUUAUUUCCCGUUCUACCGUGAAUUGAGGAUGAACUCGUAGAGGACUCAAGCAAUUCACACCCAGUCAUUCAUUGUGCAUUUUAGAAUGAAACACGUACGAUCCGCAUUCCACUUUGUUACAUAUUCCCAUCUGUCAGGCACGAUCCGAUGAUUGUGAUCCUGCGUCAAGAACCAUCCAUGCUCUUGUUGUUUUCAAUCUGAGAUUUUCCCAAUCCAAUGUGACGGAGAAAACAUUUGCGUGCGUGCCUUUGUUUUUGUUGUUAUCCAACAAGUACGGAUAGUUUGUUGAAGAACUACAGUAUGCCUUAAAACAGGCUCGAUACCAGGGGUCUCCCAGUCCGACAACACCCACGCCUAAGACGUGCACGUCGGUAACCACAGCACGGCCUAUUAUCUUUUCUUUUAUUUCUAUUUGUGUCUCACUUCAGAAGGGAAGAGUCAUCCAUUUCAGUCUCAAGAUUGUACAUUUGGGAGGACGUGGCGUAGCGUGCACUGUCGGACCUGUGAAAACGGCGAUGUUGUCUUUGCUUUGUGUGGAACAGGGGUGUCAAACUCAUUUUAGAUCGGGGGCCACAUGGGGAAAAAUCUACUCCCAAGUGCAUACUUGCCAACCCUCCCGGAUUUUCCGGGAGACUCCCGAAACUCAGCGCCUCUCCUGAAAACCUCCCGGGACAAAUUUUGUCCCGAAAAUCUCCCGAAAUUCAGGUGGAGCUGGAGGCCACGCCCCCCUCCAGCUCCAUGCGGACCUGAGUCCGCUUUCCCACGAUAUAAACAGUGUGCCUGCCCAAACACAUUAUAACUGUAGAAUGAUGGAGGGCGAGUUCUUGGUUUCUUAUGUGGGUUUAUUGUUAGGCAGUUUCAUUAACGUCCUCCCAGCGCGGUAACAACACACAACAACAGCAGUCAUGUUUUUGUCUACCGUAAAGCAGUUCGUCUGCCGUAAACAACAAUGUUGUGACACUCUUAAACAGGACAAUACUGCCAUCUAGUGCAUCAAUAACAUAUACGGCUUUUAGAGAGUGCAGUGCACAACUGCGCAGACAAGGAGACGAAGCAGAAGAACGAGGAAGAUACAGCCAUGGCGACGACGAGUAAGAUGAAGAAAUACGCUUUGUUGCACCUUUCCUGCCUGAGUCCGGCGAUUAGUUGCAAAUCUUGCUUUAUUGAUGCCCAAUCCAACACAAAACAAACUAGUCCCCGCCCGCACUCACGCUACCGCUCCCUCUCUUCUCUCGCCCACACACUCACUGACAUCACUCACCUCACAUGCUCACCUAUUAAAGGGCCACACACACACAUACGCUACUCUCAUAACAGCUUGUAAGUUCCAAGCCGCAGCUGCGAUUGGACCUGGAUAGCCUCCGGGAAGAAGUAGUGGACUACCAAGUGCUUGGCACUGAAGAUCUUCCUCAGGAAGCAAAGAUUGACCGGUUUUGGGCCAUGCUAGGGAGAGAUGGAAGA